CUCAGACAUUUAUUUAUUUUUAUUUAUUAAUUAAACCAAACUAUGGCCCGUCAAUUUGAUGUCGUUCCACCAUUACAAGAGGCGUUUAGUCUUUGUCGGCGGCACGUCUUCUCAAGGUAACUUAUUGGCCAUAAAAAAUGAAAAUAGUGUGUACUAUGCCAUGUAAGCUAGCUACUAGCUAACAAUACAAACGUGAAAAUAUAGCGAAUAAAUCCUAACUAAAAAGAAAAAUGGCUAACAAACAUAUAUCCAAUAAGAAACAAGACUAAAACAUAUCUAAAAAGGAAACAAGGCUAAUAAACGCAGCUAAAUAAUGUAGCCUAAUGGACGUUGUGUUUUAGGGUGGUCAAAAGUACCGAUACUUCGAUAGCUAGUACCGAUACUUCGAUAGCUAGUCGAUACAAACGUGCAAAAAAAAAUACAUGUGGCGAAAUGGACUAUAGGUUCAAGCCAAAUUGCCACUUUACAUGUAGAUAACAGACAAGAUGGACUUAGACCUUUUUGUUUAGCAUUAAAAUCUGAUAACACCACUUUGGGAAGUUAUAAUACCAACAAGACACAGGUUCGAUACCAAUGAGGCAGGAGGCGUGAGCGGCAGUAAAUUUUUUUACAAAGCAUUAGAAUUUACCCCCCUCCCCGCCAAAAUAAAAAUAAAAAAGAUAUAUAUAUAUAUGUAUGUGUGGGAAAGAAAAUCACAAGACUACUUCAUCUCUACAGGCCUGUUUCAUGAGGGGGUUCCCUCAAUCAUCAGGAGAAAUCUCCUGAUGAUCACGUUAAUUAAAAUGCAAAGUAAAGCCUAUUUAAUAGAAAUAUUAUUUGUUACAACAUUACGCCCCCCCUCCUCCCCUCGCACGGUGCACCCCCUCCCUUCCCGUAUCAUGACUCUUUUUGGACGUCACCACAUCAAAAAAUCAACACAAGAUGUCAAAACGGCCAAAACUGUCAGGUGCCCAGGGAAGAAAAAAGAGAAAAGAAGAGGAGAAACGAGAAAAGACAGAGGUAGCAGAAAGUAGUACGUUGGCCACGCCCCCCUGCCGUCAGGGGCAAAGAGAAUCAUAACACAAGAUGGCAUCCGGCCGUCUGCUGCUGCUGCUGGUGACCUUUUUGCUUCCUGUCGCCGGGAGACAACCCGCCGCCUCUGACUCAGACUCAGUCGCCACGGGGACGUCCUCCGAAGACGAGUCCUCCUCCGAGGAGAUGUCGACGAGCAGCGAACACCUGGCACAUCAAGCGAUGGCGCCGCGGUGGACGUCCCCGGAGAAGAUGGACCGAGAGCUGUACGUCCUUCCCGCCAGUGCCAGCGUGAAGCUCCGUUGCCCGGCGACGGGGAGUCCGCCGUUGCAGCUGCUCUGGUACAAGAACGGCAAAGACGUGCGUCAAGAUCAAAGACUCGGCGGCUACAAGAUCAGAAACCACGCGUGGACGCUGAAAUUGGACUCGCUGGUUCCGUCCGACCGAGGCAACUACACGUGCGUGGUGGAGAACGAGCACGGCAGCAUCCGACACAUGUACCGACUGGACGUCAUCGAGCGCCCCGCCUCCAGACCCCUCCUCCAGGCCGGCAUGCCGGCCAAUCAGACGGCGGUGGUCGGCAGCGACGUGGCGUUCACGUGUCGCGUCUUCAGCGACGCGCAGCCUCACGUGCAGUGGGUCAAACACGGCCGCCGACCCGACGGAAGCCCGAGCAGACUCGUCGUCAAGACGGGGAACUUGAACACAACCGAAGAAAACAUGGAGGUUCUCACUCUAAAGAACAUAAGCAGCGCCGACGCCGCCGAGUACACGUGUGUGGCGACUAACUCCAUUGGCGUCACGCAACACUCAGCCUGGCUCACGGUGCUCAAAGAUCCGCCCCCUGCCCCGCCCUCCUCCUCCAACUACCUGCUAACCUUCCUCUACUGUCUGGGCUUCUUCAUCCUCAUCACCUUGGUCUUCACGGCCGUCAUCUGCAAGUUGUGCUCCGUCCCCAGGAAGCGAGCGGUCAGCAGCCAGCUGGCGGUCCACAAGCUGGCAAAGAGCGUGGCCCUGAAAAGACAGGUGUCCCUGGCGUCGUCGUCCCCCUGGCAGUCCAAGAGGCCUCAGUUCAGCGGCCAGCAGGUUCCCUACGACCCUCAGUGGGAAAUUGUCCGGGACAGGCUGGUGCUGGGCAAGCCGCUGGGGGAGGGUUGCUUCGGACAGGUGGCCUUGGCGGAGGUCGUCGGCAUGGACGAGGAGCGGCCGGCGUGUGUCACCGAGGUGGCGGUGAAGAUGCUGAAAGCGGACGCUGGCGAGAAGGACCGACUCGACCUCGUCUCAGAGAUGGAAAUGAUGAAGACGAUCGGUCGCCACAAGAACAUCAUCAACCUGAUCGGCGCCUGCACGCGUGAUGGCCCGCUGUACGUGGUGGUGGAGUACGCCGCGCUGGGGAACCUCAGAGAGUAUCUACGCGCUCGCCGGCCUCCCGCCUCCGAGUACUCGGGCAAGGCGGCGCCGGGCGGCGUGGAGCUACGAGAGCUGGUGUCGGCGGCAUACCAGGUGGCCCGAGGAAUGUCCUACCUGGCGUCCAAGAAGUGCGUCCACCGAGAUCUGGCGGCCCGCAACGUGCUGGUCACCCACGACAACGUGAUGAAGAUCGCCGACUUUGGCCUGGCCAGAGACGUGCACCACGUGGACUACUACAAGAAGACCACCAACGGUCUGUUGCCCGUCAAGUGGACCGCACCCGAAGCGCUGUUUGACCGCGUCUACACGCACCAAAGUGACGUGUGGUCUUACGGUGUCCUGCUUUGGGAGAUUUUCACACUGGGAGGUUCUCCUUAUCCCGGCGUUCCUGUUGAGACCCUCUUCAAGCUCCUGAAGGAAGGUCACCGCAUGGAAAAGCCUUUGGCGUGCACGCAUGAGAUCUACGUCCUGAUGCGAGACUGCUGGCACGCCGUCCCGUCCUGUCGGCCAACUUUCCAGAGACUGGUGGAAGAUCUGGACAGAACGCUAGCUCUGGUAGCUAAUCAGGACUAUCUGGACUUGUCCCUCAGCCACAACCCUCUGCUUGGCUCCUCCCACUGGACCCAGGCCACGUAGACGCCAUCUGUGUUGUCUAUAAUGGCAAUGUUGUAAAUAAGUGUCAAUACGAGGGAGAGACGUGUCAAUCAAAGGCUUUCUGUCUUGUUGGUGAGAGUUUGAUUGACAGGGAACAGAAAACACGCUUGAUGCUUCAAACUUUUAAUUUAUGCAAAUGAGGUCACAUAAAGGCUCUAAAAAGACGCUCCGUGUCCGGCACGAAGGCGUCCUCGAGAAAAUAAAUAUCUGGAUUCCUUCUUCUACUGGUGGCCGCUUGGCCCCGCCUCCUGGCCCUGCAGCGAGCGCUUCUUGGCAAAGAGGUGGGUGGGGUCGCGACCGUGAAAGCCGGGCUGGACGUUGAAGACGGGGACGUUCCUCCAGCUGGCCGGGUUGCUGAAGGCGGCGGCGGCCUGGCCGGCGUCGCACUCUUUGUUCUGGACCAGCUGGAGGAAGGUCUCCAUGUCGGGCCCCAAACGGGCCAGCAGGCCACCUCGCACCGCCCCCACCGUCUGCUCGUCGCACGCCUGCAGCGUCUGAAGCAGCGUGCUGUAGUACCUGGACACAGCAGGGGUCGCGGGUCAAUAAGAGUAGUCUUCAUUGACUUGGGGGCGUGUCCUUACCUGUUUGGGAAGUGGGCGGGCACCUGCACCACCUCCCCGAAGGCGUCCGGGUUGGUGCGAGCGACCGUGCAGAUGUCCAGGCUGCUGAAGCACUCCUCCUCCACCUGAGGCACGCAAACACAAGUCAGUCAGGGGGGGGGCGGGGUUUGAGGGCGGAGCCUAAACGUGUCCCUUCCGCUGACCUCAGCGAUCAUCCUCUGGAAGAUGUUGCAUCGGCGGAUGGUUUGGAAAACCUUGUUGCCGAUUCCCUGAGCGAUGCACUGCAGACUCUUCUUGACGAAAGUUUUACCCUGCAAACAUACACAGUUUGACAUCUAAUCCCUCUUUUUUUUAUCUCGAUGAAAAAAUAAACAAAUAUUUUUCCGACCUACAAUGUGUGGUAAAAUCGUGAUCCGUCUCUUCGCCAUACCUGCCAACAACUACGCUUUUCCCGUAAUGAGUACGGUUUUUGAUAAUCCAGUGGUAACAACUACCGUUUUCCUUUAAAAAUGAUUAACUUAAAAAUGGAAGCUAUUAGAGAUGCGCGGUUUGCGGGCACAACCGCGGAGUCCGCGGAUUAUCCGCGGAUCGGGCGGAUGAAAUAAAAAAAAAAAAGAUUUUAUCCGCGGGUCGGGUCGGGCGGUUGAAA